AAUAGCCUAAUUUUCACCAAGGUCACACUGGGAUAUCGUUCAGGAAAAGGUGUCAUCCGUGAAGAAAGUAAAAAAAUAAAAGCGUUUCUGCGCUGUAAUUUUAAUUUAGAGCUGCUGAAUAACCAGGUCGCGUUUGUCCGGGACCCGUAGUCGUCUUGCCGUAGUAUCAAGCCCGCCCGUCGCCCUUACGCGAUAUAUAUAUCCGAAGAACGCCGCUGCCGCUGCCCGUGAAGCCGCCGCCGCCGCGUAUAUAAUCAAUUUUCGGGACCUCCCCACACCAAGUGCAAGAAACGAAAGAACCGUGGACGACCACGUAGCGGAACCCGUUGCCGCCAUGCCCGGAGCCGGCACGUUCAAGUUGUUCAUCGGGAAUCUUGAUGAAAAGACGCAGGCCACCGAGUUGCGGGCGCUCUUUGAGAAGUACGGUACCGUCGUCGAGUGCGACGUGGUCAAGAACUAUGGUUUCGUGCACAUGGAGACCGAGCAGCAGGGUCGCGAUGCCAUACAGAAUCUGAACGGUUACGUGUUGAAUGAGUUCGCCAUCAAGGUGGAGGCGGCCAAGAGUCGUCGGGCCCCCAACACGCCGACAACGAAAAUCUUCGUGGGAAAUCUGACCGACAAAACGCGAGCGCCGGAGGUGCGGGAACUUUUCCAGAAAUACGGCACCGUCGUCGAGUGCGACAUUGUGCGAAACUAUGGUUUCGUUCAUCUGGAUUGUGUCGGGGACGUGCAGGACGCCAUCAAGGAGCUGAACGGUCGCGUCGUAGACGGCCAGCCGCUCAAGGUUCAAGUUUCGACUAGUCGUGUCCGCCCCAAGCCGGGCAUGGGCGAUCCGGAGCAGUGUUAUCGUUGCGGACGUUCCGGUCAUUGGUCGAAAGAGUGUCCGCGCCUCUAUGGCAGCGCUGGAGGCGGACGGGAGCCGCCCUCACCGCUCAGCGCCGGCGGCUACAGAGAUCGCAUGUACGGACGUGACCCGUAUCCGCCGCCACCACCGCCGCCGCCAUUCCUGCGUGACCGCAUCAUGGAUGGCUUUAGGGAAUAUGAUUACUAUGACCGCCGCUUUGAGGACUCACGUGAUUUGUACGAGCGUCGCUAUCAAACAUCGCGGAUGCGCGACUUUCCGCCGCCGCCGAUCUCGCGCCGUGAACCCAUGCCACUUCCACCCCCGCUAAGCGGCAGCCUGCGCUCCUGCAGCGUCUCGCGUGGAUAUGACACUAUGUUUAGUCGCCGCUCGCCGCCACCGCCGCGUAGCAGCAAUGGAAUGAGUCGCUACGGCUCUCCAACUCCGCAUGGGUAUGAGGACUUUAGCCGCGACUCCUUCGACGAUCGCAUGAUAUCGUCGCGCGGAAUGCGUGGUCCCUCGCCUCCGGGUCGCCGCUAUGCGCCCUACUGAGAUGAGUUUUACUAUCACGGCAGCAGCUGAGUUGCGGUCGCACUGCCCCUAACCCUUCCCAUGGCCCGCACUCUGUACCACACGGCGACACAUGGGUCGAGGAGAGGGUUGGGACAGGAUUGCUGGUUGUUUUACUGGUCGCCACAGGCCUACUACCAUCCGCCGCAUCACCAGAACCACCAGCAGCCACACCAACCCCUGCUGCUGCCGACGACAUUUUCACAAUUGUGGCUGCCGCCUUGGUAGCCAAGCGUAUUUUACUACACCUAAACCGUAAUUCGUAUACUUAAACCACAAAAAAGUUGGAAACACUCGUCGAAGCAUCCUCCUACAAGCCUCCAAGACUAGACAACGACGUGCUCGUCCCUCAUACACAUACAUACGAUACGAUUCAUCAGUAACCUAGUUCAGUUCAAUGUUGUGGACUUUGCGAGUACCAAUAAAAGCAUAAGCUCAGUCGGAAAUAUG